GUGCUUCUGGACCGAUGCCUCAACGGCUUGGCGAUAGCAGCGCUCUUCAGUUCCCUGACACUGAGCUACAUGCUGGUGCCCACUGCUGACAGGGCAGGGCUCCGAGAGCUCGCCAACCAUGCCUGGACCACUUGGAACGCGUACGAGCUCACCACUGCUUUGGUUUCGUGCUCGGCGUCUCUCGGGAGCCUAGGCAUCAUACUGAAUCAGUCAUUCGGCUUCUCAGCGAAAUGGGCUUCGCGGAUGACGGCCCUCAUCUUGUCAAUGGCCGUGGGCUUGUAUGGUGGACUCUUGCACUGGCGUUGGCUCGGUUGGGUUGCCUGGUUCACUCUGACCGGGACUCUCGGCCUGAGGAACAACGCCGGACUCGACGAAAUGCAGAAGCGUGGCAAGCUGGGAGAGGCGCCGAGGCAUCGCAUCUCUGCGCGCGCUGCUUUGGAGAUGUGGUACCUGCUUCUCGGGAAUAUCUUGUGGCAGGCAUCACUGGCAGUCCUCAAGAACUUGAUCAAUAUGCUAAUGCCCAAGGAGCUCCAAUUUUACGCCCCUUGGCUGCCGUUCUUCAAGCUGGGCGAGGAUGUCGACAUUGGCGUGGCUGCAUACCACGCCACAAAGGAGGGCAAGGAGUCCGAAGUGGGGCCCCGGCACUUUGUCAUCAGCGUCAGGCAUAUGGAUACUGCACAUCCGGAUGGUCAGCGAGACCUGCAACUGCACCGAAAUACUGCGCAAGACAUGUGGACGAAGUGCAAAGACACUUCCGGCGGGGGGCUGAUUGCCAACGUCAACUGUUUCUUCCCGCACUUGGCAGGCUCCACCCACUGCAAAGAGAUCAAUCUCAGCGGCUGGACGUCUCAAGAAGCU